ACCCGUCGACCGAAUCGCCCUUGCAAUCUGGCAGCCGUUUCGCGUGACGAUGCAGCUUGACAGAACGUACGUGCGCAUUGACAAUUACGCGCGAAUCAGCGUACAGUGGUCGAGCACGGGUUAGUAAACAAAUGACAGAACGGUGGACGAGAGGGAGAGUGAGAGAGAGAGAGAGAGAGAGAGAGAGAAGAGAAAAGAGAGAGAGAGAGAGAGAGUGAGGAAGGGAGCGAAACGAAACACUACCGUACCGUUCCAGCGCGAAACAGUGGCGCAACAUUGUGCCUUUCGAUUCGCGUUGUUCGAUUUCUUCGGUCAUUAAGGGAACGCCAGCCCAUGCGCUUUUCAGCUGGUUGACGCGCGUGGAACGUGUCCGUGCAUUGUCGCCGUGACGUCAAGUGUCACGAGUCUGUGUUUCCCAAGUGCCAAGUACAUCAGCCGCGUGCCAGCUGCAUAUUCAGCCUGUCAACUUUGUUUGGGUUUCUUUCGACAACAUCCACCGAAUUCGUCGUCCCCAUCUCUAGCAAGUGUUAAAAUAUACAUACGCAUGCACAACAAGUUAACGACAUUGUGCGCGAAUUCGGUGUCAUUUCUGUGUAAGAACGUUCGAAAACACGUUCACGCGGGUGAUGCUGCAUUCCGUUUACGACUGAAACGCGAGUGGAACUUUCAUACCGGGGCCCUUUAAAUGUAAGUGGUCGAGGGCAACUACGUUUACACGCGUGGUAUAUCUAGAAACACAAUAACGGUAGUUCUCGUGUGCCGGUUAGCAAGGCAUUUAAACUUUGACAAGUCUCGAUUUCUUUUUCGUCCCGCUUUAGUUUUAUUUGAACGCCUUUCGCGUAUUAUUCGUUGCUUUUAACGUAUCGGACUUGUGUUUUGCUCCUGAUGCCGGCAGCGUGCAAUCGCGUUCACAUCGCCCCUAGCCACGAGAACGAGAUCGUCAAGUUCGAUCGCGAUUCACGGUGAGACGUUCCGAUCGUUUUUCUUCCGCGCUAUUUACGUGCCAUCUCUUCGUCUUUUUCUGUCGACUUUGUCACGCUUUGAGGUUAGAAAAUUAUGUAAUAUCAAACGAACACUGAACUUGCCUGGCUCGGAAUGUGGGAUUUGUUUGCAGUUCUCAGCGGGACCUACUUGACUUGGGAUUGCCUUCGACGUGAAUUGGAUGUACUGACGUCAUCUGGAGUUCGCUACACGAAUGUCCAAAGGCGGUACAGAUUCCGGUUGGCUAUGGCUCGCUUAGUGAAGCCUCAGAUCCCGCCGUCCGAGCCGCCUCUCAUCUCUCCAUGGCAGCCACGAGUGACAACGGGCUAGUGGACACAGAUCCAGGUCGAGUUAGCAGCAUGACAGCCAUCAACUCGGGUCCGGUCGGGGAAGUGGGCGGCGUCAGGCUGCCGUUGCAGUCAUUACAUGGGUACGGAUCUGUGUUCAUGUACUCGGCGUCGACGAGUCCCGGGGGUGGAAGUGGUCAGGGUGGCGGAGGCGGAGGAGAAGUAACCCUCCGCCUCCGCGAACCCGAGGACAUUCCCGAAGAAGUUCUUGCACGCCUUGAGGACACAGCCACCCUCUCCAUCUCCCUUCAAGGCGACGCAGUGCUAAGGCUGGGGGCGGCUGGCACGGGCAACGGGAAUUUAGAAUUGUUCGAUAGUGAGAGCGGGCCGGACCUCACACUAUCACCUCAGACCUUCACGUCGACGGCGGAGGCCUUCAUCAAUGACAAUAGUGAUAGUCUUGGCGUUCCAGGAGACAACGAUACGGGGAGCAGCGAGGAAUCGAGACCUGGAGCUGGUGAACCUGGAAAGUUGGGAGUGAAGAAAGCAAGACCGAAGGCUUCGUCGCCCAACCGACAGGGACCACAGCAAUGCCAGGUCUGCGGGAAGGUGUUCAACAACGCAUCGGCGCUCACGAAGCACAAGCUGACGCACAGCGAUGAGAGGAAAUACGUGUGCACGAUGUGCGGCAAGGCGUUCAAGCGGCAGGACCACUUGAACGGACACAUGCUAACGCAUCGAAACAAGAAGCCAUACGAAUGCAAGGCGGAAGGAUGUGGCAAGUCGUAUUGCGACGCGAGGAGUCUGAGGAGGCAUACGGAGAAUCAUCAUGCCGGUAGCAAGGUGAAUGAAAGCGUGAGUCCUAGCAGUCCAACUACGGGCCCGCAUACACCAAACACUCCAGGGAGCAAUCCCAGUACGCCCAGCACACCAGGUGCAACGUCGACACCGAAUGGACACGGACAUCCAGCCUUGAAGCAACUGCUCGCCACAGAACCGACACAGGCGCAACAGCAAAAGAGUGCCACGUCUCCUGGUGCCAGUAACGACGGCCUCACAAAGCAACAAUUGGAGCUUAUUCAACAGAUUAUGCAGCAAACGCAACAGCAACAACAGCAGCAAACAUCCGCGCAACAGCCUCAGCAACAACGUAACAAUUCGUCAACCACAGUCACAGCACAGAUUCCAAAAACGCAAAAGCCGUCCGUCAAGUCCACGACUUCAUCUGGAAACGUUUCGAAUAACAGUGGAAGUUCGAAUGCAACGAACAACGCAAGAUCCAGCCCGAAACCCAAAGUCUGGAGUCACGUGCAGCAACAACAGCAGCAAGCGCAACAGCAAGCUCAGCAACAGCAGCAACAGCAACCGCAGCAACAGCAUCAGCAGCAACAGACACAGGCUAAUUCGCCAGGAGGCGGAAAUGUGGGGAAAAGCAGUCCGUCGCCGGGAAAUUCGGCGUCCCCUGGCACUGUGACGGCGUCCAACAAGACGCAGACCGAGCCAAAACCGGUCGAAUGCAAUUUGUGCCAUCGAAAAUUCAAAAAUAUACCGGCACUCAAUGGUCAUAUGAGACUCCAUGGUGGUUAUUUCAAGAAGGAUGCUGAGAAUAAGAAAAGUGAGAAGAAAGAGGUCGUCGGUCCGCCUUUACAAACCGCGUCUGUCAGUGUGAGAGCGCUGAUCGAGGAAAAAAUCAUACAGAAAAGAACGACUGCAGCAGAUACGAGCACAAAUCAACAGCCUCGUACGAAUGCAACGGUUUUUACCACGCAAGCCGACGGUGCGUCGCAGAUUUCCGGUAAAACGAGCUUCGCGGUACCAGCACCGCCUCCUUUGGCCACUGCGGAAAAGGUCCGCAGACUUUCGGAUGGCGAGCACUUCCGGCAGCCCAAUGUCACGGUUUCCGGACACGCCACCGUACAGAAGCAACUGCAGGAAGCACAAACACAGGCUCAGGCGCAGGCGCUGGCCGACAUGAUCUUGAAGGGCACUACCAAAAUGGCUGUGAAGAGAACGACUUCCGAUCCCGGGCAAAGAUUGCACCUGACGUAUCAGACAUCGGUUCAAUCGACCACCAAUCCGCAGCAGCAGCAACAGCAGCAGCAACAACAACAACAGCAGCAGCAGCAGCAGCAACAGCAGCAACAGGCGCAGCAACAACAACAGCAGCAAAAUAACCAACCUCAAGCUCAGCCUACAGUUACAGACAGUUUCUCAAUGACAGGUUAUUCCGAAGACGGUGGCUAUUUUAGCCCAAGUCUUCAAGACGAGGUGUUCCAGCAAGUCACCGCAGUUCCUGACAGCGUUCUGCUUCAUGCAACACAAUUGGAUUCUCUUCAGUUUCAGACAACGAGCCUGUUACAAGAACAACCUGCCGAGCAGUUACAAGACAUCACCCUGGAGGACCGAUACCCAUCUCAGCACACCGUGAAUCCCGACUUACAAGCGCUGGUCAACUCGCCGUUACCAGACUCGCUAGCCGAAUUCAGUACUUACGGUGCCCAAUAUACAGAAAGCCCGCACACGUUACCAACUCAGUCUCCCCUGCCAUCGCCUUUAACGAGACACGACAGUCCAAGUUUCACAUAUCCAACACCACCAGCGAGCCAAGAAGGCCUUUUAACCGGAAGCUUCCCUCUAUUGAGUCCUCAAGAGGACCCGGAGAGCGUGAGACAAGUAUCGUCGCCCUUAUCAGCGGCUUUUUACGCGACCACGAUGUCCUCCGCGGCGGCGGUGGAGGAAGCUCUGAGUGAAGUAUUACCAGCUGAAUCCGAAGCAGACGCUGAUCUAUACGGAUCCGGUUCACCGAAUCCGCAUUCUCCACUGCCAAGCCCUUUGUCGGCGACCCCGGCACCGUCGCCACUGUCCUCGUUACCGCCGUCCUCGGUCUCGUCACCAGGACCAGUGUCGUUCACGGGCACCAGCUUCCCUGUGUCGCCACAUCACGCUCUCCAGAAUCAGAUGAUGCCCAACUCGGAGGACCCACUACUGUCGUCCACUCCGAAGGACUUCACGACAGCCAGCCGUAGGCGAUUCGAGUUUCAAUCGUACAAGUUCAUCACCAGCCAAAACUUGGUCGAUUUUGGACUGGGUAAUGGUAGCCUAGCUGGUAUCGUGGUAGAUAACAACGGGGAGUUCAAGCUGAUUCAGACGGCUGGGCUGCAAAAGACGAACGUGCUGGUGCAGACGAGCUCUCUGAGCCCGGCGUUGACUUUCAAGAAAGAGAUGCGGCUGACGACUCCGAAGAUGGAACCUGUCACUGUGAAUCUCGGCUUAAACGUGCAGACUAACCAUCAGUACAACGCUGGCCAGUUCAAUCAACAGCAAGUGGUGAAUCCGACGAAAUUUCUUAUACAAACGAAUGUGGCUAAGAAUAAUAAUAUGAGACAGAAAACGGUCAGUGGAAACUUGCCUAUUCCGGUGGAGCAGAUCAAGGAAGAGCUUCUGGACGAGGAUGUUUUCCUUAAUCCUAGUAACGUACCAACUGGCAGUCCUGUUAGGCAGUGCAGAAAAAGGCCUCGUAUGGAUGGAGGAUUGUACGCGAAUGCGUCACACUCGUAUCCGUCGAGAUUGAGGAAGGCCUGCGAUCGACAUUGGGAUAGUAGCUACACGCCUCCACCGAUUUUGGAUCCUUCUAGACCUGGACCUGGACUGUACGCCAGGCUGCAUCAGUAUGAAAGAGAUUCUGACUUCAGUUCGGAUGAUUCGCAAGGGAACGAUGGACCUCCGCCGAGAAUUAAUAUCGGGACGAGGUACCAAGCGACGAUACCGCCGGUUGGGAGUGACGGGGAUAGAGGAAAGGGCGAGCCUGAGGCUGAUCAUCUGCUCUGGGAUCCCGGUAUAAAUAACGUGCUGACAGAUAAUGAACUGGAAAUGUACCUACAAUUUGCAUGCUGCGCUGCGGUACCAGGUGGAGGAAGGAACAAAGAAUACGCGCUUCAUCUGCUGCACAUGUGCAAAGGAAAUAUUCAUGAAGCAAUGUUAAAGCUGAUGAGACCGACGCCUCCGUUGCCAGCGGAACAUCCGUUGCUGAGUUACGAGUGCCACGAGACCGACCGAUGGACGUCGCAGGAAAUGGACGCAUUCUACCAGGGCCUGUUGAAGUACAACAAGGACUUCUCUGCGAUCUCGCGAGACGUGGGUGGCAAGUCCGCGAAACAAUGCGUGCAAUUCUAUUAUCUGUGGAAGAGGCUGUGCCCGGACGAAUACAGGAGACUGCGUGUUCGUCACGGUAAACCAAAGAUUAAGACAGAGAGCAAGGAUUACAAGGACACCAGGGAGCUUCGCGACGCCAUCGCGUCGGUCACGGAGAUGGACUUCAGCGAAGACAAAUCUGUUCUUCACCGCACUCUGUUACAGACAAACGAGAGAGAAAACUCGGCUACUCUGACCACUAGCGACGGAGAGCUGAGAUUAUUCGCAUACGACUGCCCCGAUAGCUUUAGCGGAAGUGUAACAGUAACGAUGGCCGGAAGCACCCAAACCGCCCAAACCGGCAAUACCGGCCACGCCACAGUCAACACCAACUCACAAACUCACACUAGUUCUGAGCAACAACUACCCGUGCCCACCCCACUUCACUACCCCUGCAAGAUUUGCGGGAAAGUUUUCAACAAAGUGAAAAGCAGAAGCGCACACAUGAAAUCUCACAGGCCGGUACCCUCGCCCGAUUCAACGGGACAGGAAUCUAAAAGGCCUGCACAGCAGCAAUCGAAGGUGCAGCAAUCCCAACAACAACGUCAGCAGCAACAACCACAGCAACAACAAUCGCAGCAGCAACAGCAGCAGCAGCAACAACAACAAUCAAGCAGCGUUUCAUCGCAGGCCCAAGACUUCAAUCAGCAACAACUGCCUCCCAGCAAUAGUGACACCGGCGCUCAGAAUCAAGCGCAUUUAUGGCACAACCCAACCCGGCUCAGACCACCAUAGGACGAUGCCCAGCCGGUUCAACUAAAGUUACCUUAACGAAGGCUGUAACGGUACGGUAGGAAAGUAUUUUACGGUCGCGCUACGUUAAUAGGCAGGCACUACUAAGAGAAACUAAAACUAGAAAACAAUAAAUCACGAUCGUCGAAGGAUCGUCGAUGGCACGACGAAAACGGGUAAAAAGUCAGUGACUCCAGUGUCAAUCUACAGAGAAAGAAAGAGAGAGAGAGAGAGUCGUGUCUCGAAACCUCCUACACAGAGGCAAAACGUUAACUGACGUUCUAGGCGAGUUAUAAAUGAGAAACGGACACUUCCAUAUGAUAGAUAAUAUAGUUCCAAGAACAAUGAAAAGAAAGAAACAGAUGAAAUAAAGAAAACGAGAAAUACCUCUUGUACGCGCUAUGGACUUGAGCGAAACGAAAUGACGCGUGUUCUCUACCAGACCAGCCAUACCAUAAGUUAUACGUACGCGGUCACACAUAGGUGCGGAACACGUGCAUCGGAGGAUGAAACUAUCCCGAGGUACCUCUAUCCUUUGUUAGUAACAACAGACUUCGAAAGAAACCGUUAGAAGCAAAAACAAAUGGCAUAAGUACGAUCAGAAUGGAAAUUUUAAUUUUUGAAAAAGAAUCUAGAUACUGAAAAUGACGAAACGAGGAUAGAGAUAUCGCGUGGGUGUUAUACUUCGCAGUCGUAGUCGAAGCUCUGUUCAACGAGGAGACAGGGUAACGGAAGUCCCCCAUUUCGUGUCAAACGAGGGAUGGACGAAACAUCGCGACGGUCCAGCAACGGCAGCGGUCAACAGCGAUCGGUUGGAUUUGUCUAUGGGAUAAUAAUCGAACGUGCAAGCUUUCCGUCUGUUUUAUCGAUCAUUUUCGUUUUGUCGAUUAACAAAAGAGGAUGUUGGAGACGCGUGAAAACGUCAUCGACGAACCAAAUGGCCUACAGGAAAGAUCGUGUCCUACACGAGCGACACACUGGCUGGUGUUUUUAAGUAUUUUCUUUUUUUCUUUUUUUUUUUUUUUUUAAAGUAGCAAUCUAGCAGAGGUUAAAACCUGACUGGAUGAGUCAGGAUAAGGGAAUUAGCCACGAUUCAGUGCGAUGUAACGCGUUGAACGAUUAUUCGCAGUUUUCGAUGUACCUAUUAUGGCUAUAUGCACGUGAAAUGUUCCCAGGAUUGUGCCACAAGACAUUAACUGUUACCUGUUGCCUCUUUGUCAUUUUUUAAACAUUUUAGAUUAAUUUUAAUCGUCUUUUCUUCACUAUCUACUCUUCAUUACUUCUUUUAUUUUCUUUUUUUUUUUUGGUUUAUCGUAGACGAGAUCGGCUUACGAAUCGAAUCGUUUAACCUGCGAUUAGAAGAAUCUUUUCUUUCGGAUAUUUUUCAACGAGAUUCGAAUGGAAAACAAGACGAUUAGAAUAAAGAAAGGUCUAAAUCGAAGUGUAAAGCUAAUUGGUUAAAUAUAACAUGAACGUAGUGUAAUAUAAGAUGAACUUGAUCUAAAAUUGAUCUUGUUUUUAAAAACGCACGAAAGGUAACGAUCUUAUAAACGGUUCGCGAGCACAUCCCGUCCUUCUAAAAUUAAUACGACUUGUUGCACGUUCGCUCUAGUUCUACUUAGUUUAAAUUUACAUUUAGCGUAUUUAAAUGUCGAUAAGUAAAGCGAUCAAUCGUCAAGAGAAAACGUUCGUAGAUUUGUUGAAGCUCCCCAAGAUUUUUGUUACCUCUGUUACUUAAUAUAUAUAAUAUAUAUAUUAACUAUAUUUGUCAGAAUAAAUUUUAAUAUAUAUUAUAUAUAUAUAUACAUAUUAUACAUAUGUAUAAACAGAUCGAUGUAAUUUGAAGAUGACUCGUAGCCUAGGCGAGAUAUAGUCCUCUAUAGAAGAAAAAAAAAAAAGAUUAAGAAAGAGAGACACGUUGUUCAAGUUUCACUUCGGGCCGCGAUCGAUCGUGCGAUCGCGAUCGAACUGUAACAUAAAUUAAUUAUACAUACAGCCAUGAAUACAUUAUAUAUACACGCAUCGAACGCAGACACGUGGCAGAGAGCGUUUAUUUAAAUAAAUCGAGAUGCGAACAAAAGAAAAAGUAAGAGAUAAGAAAAAGAAAGAAGAAACAGACGGAUUAUUAUUCGACUAAUAAUGAUCGCGUUAGAUCACCACUCUAUGUGUACAUAAUUCGUGUACAUGUCUGUACAUAAUUCUAAACGUCAGUGUCUGUAUGUACAAUUCGAAUGAAUUUUAACGCAAAAAAAAAAUACGUAGGUUAUAGGUUUUAGGUUGUUUUAGGAGGGAUCUAUAUUAUAAAUAAAGUAUAUAUACUUGGCUUGAUUUUCUACCUUACUAGGGACUACGAGGCGAGACCCUCGAGCCAAUGACGGUGAAUCGCCUGGAUACAAGUUUCGCAAAUUUUUAUCCUUUCGUUUUAACGGAAUUCAACGAUGUUCCUGUAUGUAAGGUGCCUUAAAUGAUCGUUUGCGUUAAUUUUAUAAAUUGUUACCGCGGUGUUGACAAUGCGUUGUCUCGCCCUUUAUGUUUCGAAACUUUAUCCGAUAGGUAGUACAAAUGUAAUUUAAUUAAAGAAUAGUUACGUUAGCGAUUAUUUAGCAAUUAUAUCGUUUAAUUAAUAUUUACGUCGGCGUACGAAAUUCGGCCUGAACGGCAGAAAUUCGAUAUGUUGCUUGUUUUUAGUUACGUUGUAUUACGUUGUUUGCUUGUUUUAAAUGUAUAUAUAGGAACAUCGUUCCCGGCGAAAUUUUACAAGCAAAGAUAUACGAGAAACAAAUAUACGAGAAAAGCUACACGUGGCGUUGACACGUACUCGAGCUACGUUUCACGAUACGUGUGAACGCUAAAACGUAUACAUGUGUAUCCAUUGGUCGACGUCACUCGAGAGAUUGUCGUUCAGAUUUGUCCGCCGAUCGUAGCUGCUCUAAUUCUACCUUUAAAGAUAUUGUUAUUGUUAACACUCUUCUUCUUAUUAACUUUUACCAUUAAAAGGAAUUAAAAAACCACGAUAUACAUUUUAACUUUUUAAACUUUUCACGUGUAAAAAGGGGAAAAAAGCGAAAAAAAGAGAUGCAAGUGACUGAGGAUGCUUUUAAAGAAUCUGCCAAGUUUUAAACGAAAACAAAAGGGGAGAAAGGAAGAGAAAAGUGAAUGAAAGAAAGGAUGGCUUGACAUUUUCCAAUGUUGCUUUUUUUAGUCUGAAAAAUACGCGAGGAAAGAAUAUCGUUACAAACAACGUACAAACACGUUUCGAAACAGAAGGAGAGAAAGAUCUAGGAGAAAGGAGAGAUACUUCCGUUUGACGUUCCGCAUUCGAGCAGAUUCGUUGGAUUUUAAGCUUACGAGAGAAUCGUCUGUCCUUUAUGCGUGUGUGUCUUGUGUUUCUUCCAUGUUUUCCCUUUCCAACCCUUCUCAACCCCCUGAUCCACCGACGAAAAUGAAAUCAAGAAAGAAAUGUGUAACGCGCUGUUCAAACGACAAACGUUCCGGCCACGCACCAUUCGUUCAUUUACAGACAAGAAUUGCGUAUCGAUAGAAAAAGAAAAAAAAGAGAAAAAAAAAGGCGUAUGGCCAAGGGCACCGUUCUAUCUAUUUAAAGAAAGAAAAUCAUCUCUCGAAAAAGAGAAAACCGCUGAUAAAUAACGAAUCCUUGUUUCCUAGAUACCUAAAUAUCGUUCCACAGACACGCAACGAACGGAUCGUUUUCGUUUGAGAGAAAUAUUUUUAUCACGUUGACCACAUUUGAUAGCAAUGAAGAAUAAAUAAAUCGAAGCAGUAUUUUAUCGUUCAAACGUUCGACGCGUGUACUUAUUUUCGAAUCUUAAAUCGCGAAUAUCACGGAUACUUACGGCCCAUGGGUAUACCUCUUUUACGACCAUAGAAGAACACACGAUUUUGUAAACUCUGAGUGAACGGCCUCCAGUAAAGAAGGAAAGGAAGAGAGAGAGAGAGAGAGAAAGAAAGAAAAAGAAAUAAGUCGAAUAAGAUGCGUAAUCCUAGAAAUCUAUAAUUAACUAUACUAACUAAGAUCCUAGGUGAUUCGAGUAUUUAAACAUAAGUUCAUUUAAGGUGUAAAAGUGUUAUAUAUGUGAAUCCCGACCGCAGGUCCGGCUCAUAAGUCGAAAUGCAACAAAAUUAGCAGACAUAUCAUUUAAGACAAUACACUUGUUACAGAAACUACGUUUCUACUAAUGUAAUUCUUAUUAUAUGUACGUAAUCUAACUCUUAAUCAGAUUUAGAAUCGAUUCGAGGUGAAACACGACGUAGUUAGUGAUUAAAAAAAAAAAAAAAUAGAAAGAAAGAAAGAAGAAGUCGAGGAAAGGGAAAAGAAGAAGAAAGUGUUGGAAUUAUUACACAGCAGCGAGAUCAAAUCCAGAGAUCACGAUCGUUAGUUGUUAAAACACAACCGAAUUAAUUAUUUCGAUAAUUUCGUAGUUAAAUAAUUCUUAUUAAAUUGCGUUACGAAUUUAAGAAAAAACAAAGUGAUUAUGUACUUAAAAUUUAGUUAGCUUUUAAUCAGCCUUCUUGGGUAAGAUUAUGUGUACUUAAUAAAAUGUAAUUAUUCUACGUUCUUUCUCCUGUAACGAGAAAGUUCCAAGCUUGGCCACACUCUCUGGAUUUGUUUGGCAAAUGUAAACGCAAGAGGCAAUUCUGGAGGCUGAUUACUCAGAAUUUUGAGGAAAGGUACGAUAAAACGAAGCAAUGAAACAGUAACGAAUAUAUGCAUGAAUUGUACAAACGAGUCCCUCCACGUCACAGAAAAAAAGAAUGAUAUAUAUAUAUAUCUAUAUGGAGAAUAUAUAUAUAACAAAAAAAAAUGAUAAAUAUGUGAUGUAUUUAAAUGGUAUGUGGUAUAUGGUAUUACAUAUUUGUACAUAGGCGGACCCGUGCCAUCAAUUAGUGAGUUGUACCGAUAUUGUACUGCCAUUAGUCGAGUUAGUGGAUAACAUCGAGUGAAUGGAGAUAGAUUGACGACGAAACGGAUUACGUUCAUCGUAUGAAAUUUUUGUUUCUACCGGCAAAAUCGUACAGCCGAACGAAAAGCGUAGCAGAUUCGAAUUCGGAGAUUAAUUUUAUUAUAUUUAAUUCUAUGUGACUAUCCAGACCGAGUGAAAUUGAUUUUGAGCAAAAAUCUUAUUUAAACACGACCUGAAAAGUUUUGUUUAAUUUUUAUCGAGCACGAAAUUGUUACGCAAUUUAUUUAAUAUCGUACUAGACGUUAUCGAUUAUAUUUAUCUAAGUGUUAAAAAAAAAAUGUAUAGUUUAAAUUAUUUCACAAUGCGCUGAUUAAUUUUGAAACUUCGACGAAGUACAAAAUUAUUUAACGAUAUUUUAAUAUAUAUUAUAUUUGUAGUUAAUUUAAAUCAUUAAGCAGACCAAGGCAACGUAGUGUCUUCGAGUCUAUCGUUACCAUUGUUCAUCGUGAAUGUGAUUGAUUUUCAUUAGUCGAAUUUUAUUUAAUAAUUUAUUAACACACCAUAACUCGUAUGUCUGCGAAAAGAAAAAGAUAUGUCUCAUAUCGUCGAUAAAUCAAAUCGUAGGAAUGGCGAGGUGACGUUGCGAAAUAUAUUGGUACAACUCGGCGAAGAAAGUGUAGCGUGGUUAUACACCUGAGGAAUGUGCUCAAAAUACUGUAUUAAAAUGAAAAAAAAGUCUACUAAAUGAUCAUCAUCGUUUAUGCAAGAAAAAAAAACUACUCUUAAACAAGUGAAAAGUUAUUUAUUGGAUUAUAUUGAUAUCGUAAUCUAUCGUCCUCUUACCUAUUACCUACUUUAAUAUCUAUCUCUAUACGCCAGCAUGGUUCUUUAUACUCUUCUAUUUGAUGUUAAUACUAUUCUCUAUUAUAACUUUUACUACGACGGAGAAACAAAAAACGAAAUGUAUUGUUAAUAGUGUUUUUAAAUGUAUUCGAAGCAUGGUCAGCUGUAGGUGAGCCACGGAUACGUAAUGUCGCGUUUCACAUGAGAACUGAUCGAUUCGAUCCUAAAUGCACGAAGAUAACGGAACAAGAAAAAAAAAAUAAGAGAAGAGAGAAAUAGAAAAAAAGAAACAAAAGGGAAAGAAAUAAAUUCGUAGAACACGAGGCAUUGGGAAUCUUUGAUCUCGUUCAGACAAAACCAUCGUCGUCUCUCUGUCUUUUUUGCCUGACAACUUUGUGAGAUUAGAUUCGUUCGAUUUUUCGAACCCUUCGAUUAUUCGAUUUUCGUUCGUCCGAUACGAACAAUCUUUCGAUUUCAUGUUCAAAGAUCCCUUGUUCUAGACAGCCCUUAUCUUUGAUCCCUUUUUGCUGUCGUGAAAAUAUCGCGAAUAUAUAGAGAGCGUGAGAACUGCACGGUCCAGAGUAUUCAUGUGACACGGACAUUUUUAUCGCACGGUUAUUAUCGCAAUAAUUAUUACGAUAGAGUGAAAGAAGAAACGUGUGCUCGGUAGCAAUAUCGGUGUGGACGCGUGUCCGCGCUGUCGUUGUUUUUUCCACUUCUCUGCUCAACUAGUUCUUACCUGUAAGGUGUAGCUGUAUACAUUAAAAUAUCCUCGUCACGGUUAGUCUUUUAAACGAAACGAUAAAAAGAAAAGAAGGAAAAGGAAAAAAAACACCGUUCUCUCUCCGACUCUUGUAUUGUCUUUUGCUCAAAACUCGCGUGAAAGAAAGAAUAUCGAGGAAGCCGAUUUUGAGGCUACGCCGGGAAAAGCGCAGACGAACCUCUCGUAACUCUACAACAAAUAAACAAAGAAAGAAAGAACAAAAAUUUGCAAUGAUAUCGCUCAAAAGUUGGUGCCAUAAGCAAUAUGGACAAUAUAUUAUUAAUUGUGUUAGAUGACGUAUGCGCUAACUACAGCUGGCCGAGUGAGGGAUUCCACUUUAAGGGAUUUGCAGACGAAACGUCUCGUGAUCGUCCCUCGUGAGCAACAUUUUUACUACCCUUACUUAUCAAGUAUCUAAAUAAACUUAAACAUUGCUUUUCAACCUUUCUUCGUCAAAUUUCUCAUUAAUAUAGUAUAGACUAGUUGGACUAAUUCUAUAAAUUCUUCCAUUUGAACGAUUUCUUUUUGACUGCGCUUUCACGCAGUUCCACAUUCUAUACUAUGCAAUCAGCUCAUGAGAAACGAUAGCGUGGCUUUCCACACAUUUACACACAGUUCAGUCAAUUUGAAGCGCGAUGUGGUACCGAGUCGUCGACGAAAACGAUGGAAAAUCGAUUCGAAGGCCUAUUAAACUAACUUUCCUCUCCGAUCUACGAGGACAGAGGAACGAAAGACCCCAUAGGAGGCAUGAAAACCCCUCGACACGCGACUCCACCACAUUGGUCUUCGGCCAACAAAGACGGCACAAACGUCGCAGCUGAUCCUCUGAAACCGAAUGCGCGCGUCUGUGACUCUUCGUCGAUCCUUUAAAUAAACGAAAACCGGAGGAGCGUCGAUUUUGUCCAGUUACGCAUGGCCUCGUGAAAAUUUCGAAUCGAUCACUGUGUUAGUUAUAAUACCUCUUUAGUCUGUCGAUAGCCACGAUGUAACCGCUUGCUUUUCGUCGUUUUAACGAAGUUUUAACGAAGUCUUUGACCGAGGUGCUACGACGCCCUUGCGCGAAUUGUGAAUAUUUAAACAAGCUUAUAAAGAGAUGGAUCAACGAGAGUUUAUAGACGCGCACGUUUCUGUUUUUAACGUCAGUCGACAAAAAUCGAGGAGCUCAAGGUCCGGCCAAAGCAUCGACGCAAACUGAGAGCAGAAAGAAGGAUUCCAUCGAUGACGGGAGAAACGAUGAGAUAAACACGUUGAUGUGUGUUAGUUAGGCUUAGCCGGAGUGACGAGCUUCUAUGCAUCAGUAUUACGUUCGAAGAGCGAUACUAAUAUACAUUGGUCUAGUGAUUAUACAUUAUAUUGCGUACAUACGAUUUUAUUUAAUAUACACAUAUAUAUAUAUACAUAUUGGAUAUGAAAGGGCGAUAUUAUUAUUAUUAACUAUUAAUUAUUAUUAAUUAUUAUAUAGAUAUGUGGGGAUAUAUAUACUUAUAUAUAUAUAUAUUUGUAUAUAUAAAUACUUAUACAUGUAUAAAUAUAUAUAUUCGUAUAUAUAUAUAUAUUUAUAUAUAUAUGGGCGCCGAUUAUGUGCAGGGAGUAGGCAGCGACCACGCGCUUUGCGAUAGGUCGCGGUUUAAAUCUCGAUGUUGUUCGUUCAAAUGAAACAAACUAAAAUAGAAAAGGGGAAGAGUAAAAAGGAAACAACAGCUCGCGCUUCGGAAUCGUGAGCGAUGGGACUUCGGUACGCGAUAAAAGGAAACACAGAUGGAACGGGAAGAUUUUUGGAAAACGAGGGAAGCAGUUGCUUGCUUCGGUUGUUCAGUUUUUUCAACAAUGUAAAACUCCCAACAGAGUCAUCGAAUGUACAGGAAAACGAUCUUGGCAAAUUGUGAGUCGACUUGUCGCGAUCGUGUUCGUUUAAAUCCUUAUCGAUAUACUUCGAUAUAUUUGCAACGACAUUUUGCAGUGAAACGAUCGUCGAUCCUUUACAAGGCAAUCGUCGAACCGUCGAUCAACUUAUACAUCAAAUUCUUGACAAAAUUGGUUCAGUUUUCGAUCAUUGCACGUGAACCAAUCGCGAUCGAAGUUCGACUGCACUAUUGAAGCACGAUCGAUCGAUCGAAUUUGAAACACCGAUCCGCCUGUUGCAGAAAUUCCACGAUUCACGUGUCUCGAGAUGAGUCGACGAAAUUGUUCACGGAUUAGCUGAACGAAACUUCAGUUUUUCCUCGAUCGACCGAUCCGGAUGUUUGUCCUUUCGAUGAUAUUGAGCAAAACUUACCGAAAACCCUGGCUCACGAGUGCACCAGAGUAUUAAAAAAGAUCGGUAUAACCGUGGAAUAAUACCGCUGCGGGAGAUUCAAGACAAGCGUGAAAGAGAAAGAAAGAAAUGAUGUUUUAAUACUCAGAUGUAAUGUAUAAUCUAACCGUCGUUUAUAAAUGGAUAUGGAUGAUGAGCAAUGGAUAUAUGAAAUAAAUAAAUAUAUGUAUAUAUAUAUUAUAUAUUAGAUAUAUGUUAUAUGUAUAAUAUAUAAUAUAUGGUAUAUAUACGUAAUAUAUGUAUAUAAUAUAUAUUAAAACUGCAUUGCACACGUAGUAUAUAUAUAUAUGUAUGUGGCGAUAUAUAUGUAUAUAUAUACAUACAUAUGGACUAUUUUCUUCUAUUGAUAUUGUGAGUAAUUGCUGCGUGUUAUUUCCAUCAUACGUCGCAAGGCACUCUGCAACCGACGACGAGACGCGAAAUGAACGAUUUUAGUCGAUAUUAACGUCAUUGUUGCUAAUUUAGCGGUUAGUAGACGAAUCGAUGUGAUGUAGCGCUAAAUGGAACUUCAUUUGAAUGUACAUUUCUCGAGAAAAGACCGUAGCUAAUCGUUAUUCGUGCAUCUAUUCGAAAACUUUCGUACGAGGAGGAACGAAAUAUUAGUAUGGUAAAUAGUAUACAGAAUUUUUUAUAUGAUGUAAAUGUUCUUUGGAGUUACGACUUACUACCAUUGUUUCUAAUUAAAAUUGUUACAGAAAUAAUCUUACAUACGCGUAGCGAAUUAAAAGGAUUCCUAAGGAAGAAGGAUAUUUAAUUUUCCGUGAGUUAUUGUGUAUAACUUAAGGAGCAACGAAACGUAAUACAGAUGAUUAUUCUAUCAUUAUAUUUUUCUAUGACUUUUUCAAUUUACUUCGAUAUAUUCGAUUCUGUUUUUAUUAUUCGUCAAGUUACAAUUACUUAAUUUUAAACACCUAAAAUAUCUCAUUAAUUUAUCAGUCGAUUAAUUUAUUCGCUAUUGACGUCUUACGAAACUCGAUUUAAUAAACAAAAAAAUGUUGGUACUUUCAGUGUGGAAUAGAUAUAUUAUAACAAUAUUUUUCAAUUGUAAACACAUUGUAAAUAGUAACUAGCGGUAGUGAAUCGAGUCAGCUGCUUCUCGAUUAUAAUGAACAUAAUCGAUGUCUCGCGUCGUUCGUCUCGUGUAUGCGGUGCGUCCUGCGCAAGCUAUCCCAACACCGAGCUACACCAAAAGCAAGCGACUAACGAAAGAAAUUAAAAAAGAAUGAAGAAAAAAGAAUAAAAAUAUGUACGAUGUGUAAGCCAAGUGCCUUGUGUUCUGGUAACUAAUCAUUGAUUUUUAACUAUGAUAUUAGAGGAAGUGAGAAAACGAGAGAACGAACGAGAGAAAGAGACACCGAGGAGAAGCAAAAAGAACGGGAGAACGAAAUCAAAGGUUUUUGAUAUCAGUUCGAAGGAAAAGUGAAGCGUGUUCUUCGAUAGGAUAAGAAUACACUUUUUCUCCUCUUUUUAUACGAUCUUAAAUGAUCGUUGCUCCGUGCUAUAUCUGCUCCUCGAGUAAUUUCAGUCACGUUAAUUUCGGUAAUUUCAUUGCAGAUUUAACGACUCGUCGAUUUUAUCAAUAAUAACUUUCAUAACGAUUUUAACGAUCGUAGAAAGAGCAAAGAAACAAGACAAUUUCUGAAAUGCGGAUUGGUAUUUUUUAUAAUACAAAAACGCACAGUAUUUAAAAGAUGGAAUAGAAAGUAUAUUCGAGUAAUCGAAUAAUCAAAACGCACAAUCGUCCGCGUUUUACAGCGACGUUUCUCUUCGAUACUUGUUUUCAUUGCUCCGAGUGUUUUACUGGGAAAAAAGAUUCGUAACAAUGUUUUAUUAAUUCUGACGUAUCGUAACGAUGUGCCAAAGCACGGAGGUAUUGCCAUCGUGCAUAAGAAUCUAGUUUUACGUUUCUUCCGUCUGAUUAUGCGUAAUGAAGAGAAAAACGUUCGUUUUGAUUGCUCAGUUUCUCUCUACUUCCACUGCCUGAAAAAAAAUUGAUCUCAAGUUUACGAAUAGCGAAAUGUCGUUAACUCUGCAACGUGUCUUCGUUGUCGGAAUUUUUUACCCUUCGUAGCGUAUGUGCCUAUGUUAGCGAAAGAGUUAAUUGCUCCAAACAAGUCUUCGAGUUAAUCCAUUCUGCACUAAGCCUUACCUCUAUCAAAAUGAUUAUUUCGUAUGAUUCUCUUGUCAAAUUUAUUCAGCGAGAUAUACAAUAGAAAUUUAGUUUAAACGUUAAUAUGAUAUCACGUUAUCAUGCAAGAGACGCUCGAAGUUUCGUCGACAUACUCAGAAACCUCGACCGACUCCCUCGAUUAGCUAAAAUCUUCCUUCUAACGCUUGAGAUAAAAGCUAUGCUUUUAACGCUGUUUAAUACCGCGAGCGUUUCCACGAAAGUUGGCCAGAAGCGAGGCGAGUGUCGGAUAUCGUAUCGCGUUGGCAGCUGAUUUCGCGAACGGAAGUAAGAAGAGGGAAAGGGAUGGAAAACUCGACGACGAAAUUGAUCAUCGAGCUGUUGUUAGGCUUAGAAGAUAGAAUCACUUGUGCCGCAGUGCACUCUGGGCCCAUCCCAUGCCAAAUCCUCGGUUAGCAGAAAUGAAAAGGAAACGGCGACUAAACUAAAUAAAAGAAGCAAAUAAAGAAAUAAAAUGUGGACAUUUUCAUUCGUAGCAAAAAUCGUUUGGUGUUGCGAUAGACGGCGAAGGUGUCAGAGCAGAAUGGAAUACGAGUGUUGCGUCAUCGUGUGUAUGUAUGUAUAUGUGUAUACCGUGUGUUAUACGGGAAAUACGAAAGAAAGAAAAGAGAUGCGAGAACAAAGCAAAAGAAAAGAACUAGGGAAGGAAAUGCAGCGAGUGUUCCGAUUGCGCGUGCACGUACGUACGCCGUUUCUUACCGGCGACUCUAUACUUAAUGUAAUAAUCUUUUUAACUAUGACGAGGAACGAAAUAUUAGCUAUGUCUAAAAGGAAUUGAUGUACAUAGUAGAUCUCGGUAGAUAGCAAAUGUGUCGUGGCCGAGGGAGUUCUGCAUUCAUGACGCGCUUAAACGGAAUCGUGUUUAAUAUUUCUUUCUCCAGGAGAAAGAACAAAUCGUUCUGCGACGAUAUUAGUACGUAACGAGGGAAACGAAUUAUACGAGAGCGUUCGAAUGAAAUUCGAGGACGUUUCAUAGAAAGUGUAACGGCGAUUGCUGCCUCAUGGAUGCAUUGAAUCGGAUGAGAAACCCCUUUAAGCAGACAAUCCUUUGUUAGUUAGUCCUUAAAUACGCGCGUGCUGUGUCCCUGUGUAUGAAUGAAAUGUAUGGAAAGUAUUAAUUCGUAAGAAGCCGAAAUAAUUGCGCCUAUUUGCCAUCUGUAGCCCUAUACUCUCCCCUCGUCCCUCUUUCUUAUAUUUUCUCAUUCUUUAGAUAGAUACGAGUGUACUUAAUUCCUAGAGAAAGCGGAUACGAUGCACGCUACUUUUUAUUGGUUGAAUGGAUGAGUAAUUUAGACGUUUUUUAAGUGUAAAAGGAAAAAAGAAUAAGAUUUUUAAACGAUAGCGUAUGUCGAAUUGGAGAAUCAAAUUGAAUCACGUGCCAAUAAAGAGUUUUCUCGAAGUAUGUUAUAACGUAUCUUCGUAUCCGCUUGUUACAUAGUACGUCGAUCUUGCGAAGAGUUUUCUUCUUCCUCUUAAAACUCUUGUAGGCAUUGGCUUAUUUUACGAGCUUCGAUACCGAGGACGAUUGUAUAAUAGGAAUAGUAGGUUGGAAAAAUUCUUAAGGAAAAGUCGAGAAACGAACAGUCAACAGUCGUUUCGCAGCGUCUUCGCGACUCGCAUGUUUUAGAAGAAUUUCAAUUUUACUCGAGAGAAUACGAAAUAUUUUUUAACGUUUACGUUCUUUUGAAUAGAUUUAAGAUUAUGAUCCGGUAAUUAUCGCCAGUGGCGAAACCGAAAGUUAGAUAGAAUUAAACAAAAUUCGAUCUUUAAUAAUCGGAGCAUGGUUUGGAGAAAACGAAACGACUCGGAACUUGUAAAAAGAUCACGAAGCAAUGGUUCGAUGUCUAGUCUAACCAUGAACAACAGAGUAUUGUGUCUUCGAUGAUAAUUUCUGUAACUGCGAUGGAUUCUGAAAGGCUUGAAGAUGAAGACGAUGUCUUUAUCAAAAUCGACACAGAAUAAUUUAUUUAUUUGGAGUGCAUCGCGAUGUAUAGAAUUCUAAGCCGGUACCUAAGUUUACAAUAGAAAAAUUUUAUUUGAUAUAUUCUGAUAAAGUAUCAAAGAUUUUAUCGCAAUCGAAUUAUUGUAAAAUGUUUAACCUUGUCGCUAUGUCAGUCGCUAUUAGAAAAAUAUACACGCUUAUACGUACGGGAAUAUCUGUAUAAGUAAAUUAUUUUAUUAAAAGCAAAUUGUCAUCAAAUUUCAUUUGCGAUCGUAUUCUGCCAGCUAAACAUUAAUAUCCGAAGUCAGUACGUUAAACGCAAAUAUCAAAAAUAAAUUUUCAAAUUUUAAAUUCCUAUUUCGUUGAGUGACUAUUAUAGCAAUGAAAGGUAUCUGUUCUAAUCAAAAUAUUCAUUUUUGACGGUUAUCAAAACUGGUACGAGAAAUGUUUCAAAAUUUCUUUCGCUGAUACCUCGCCAAAGUUCUCUAUAAAGAAGCAAGAAACUAUUUGCACUGUGCGAAAAAUCAAAAACAACGAAGAUCAAACAGAAACGCGAAAUUAUUUGAGAAAUGAGAUCGUAACGCUUAACAAUAAAUACCGUGCCAAAUAUCGUCGUUGUAAUCAAAAGACGCAUCAUCUCAGUCGGUGUAGUAAAUCAAAAAGAGGAAAGAAACACUGCUGCGAUAAAAUUAGGAAAAAUUCUCGGGUAUGUCGUUCCGUGAAUCUUCCGUUCCUCCCAAUAAGUUACGUCGUCGAGGCUGAAUCGACUCUCGUUCCUUUUCCACUCGUCUCUACGUACGCGUUAUAGUACGUUUUAGCGCAAAUGUGUUAGUGCAAAUGUGGUGAAUCGUAGCCCGCGAGCGACGAACGUGUAGUAUGCAAUAAUAUACUGUAUAAAGAGUCUGGAUUUUAUAUGUGUCGUGAGCAACGGUGUGCAAGAAGGUGCACGAAAUCCUUUCGAUCCUCUCGAUCCAACCCCCCCCCCCCCCCUCCCCCGCCCCUCCGAUACUCCUCAUGAAUUCCACGACUCGUGUGUUUCAAUUUAGACGCGUAAGAGAUCGAAGCGACGUCGCGUAGGAUACAGACUGCGCUCGAGAUUCGAAGAUCUUUCAAAGAAAAUAUUGAAGAAUCAAAAUUGACAAUCAAAAUGGAAAACAAUUUGUCGAAGUACGAAGAAGGUUGCAUAAAGAGGAAAGGAUCAGAGAAGUAAACGAUGGAAAUUAUUGAAUGAUAUCAAAAGUGCUUUUCGGAGAACAAUUAUCCAUGAUUAUUGGACUCUCGAGUGCAUAGUUCCGCGAGGAAAGCGCGGUUUGUGUCGAUCCAAGGAGAAUUUUUCGACUUUGGAGAAGAGAUCGACGCAUCCUCGCUCGCGCUUCGCUGCGUUCUAGCUACUAUUUAUGUGAAGGAUAUACAUAUAUUAUACAGUGUACACAGUAACCGUGGCUGAAGCUCCAAAUCAAAAUGCACAGAUUCAGAUACGAGUAUCGAUCAUCGGGACGUUUAACCAUACUCCCGAUAGGAUUGUUCGUCGAAUAAUUUUGUUCGUAUUUUUAAGCGACGUUGUAAAGCGAAAGCGUUAAUCAAAGGUCGUCAUUGACGUGGACAGAUGGGAAGCACGUGAUUUUUUCAUUCGUUGAUUGAUAAUGGAAAAUUUGUAACACCAAUACCGUGUGAAUGGGAAUCGAACGAUUUUUAAUAGGAUGAAAAUAUAAAAAAAAUUCGUAACAAUCAUCGAUAGUUUUCGCUUUGCAAAACUUUAUUAAGCUGUUCGUGCUUAAUGGAACGGAAAAUUAAAGUAAAAAGCCAUCACGUUAAUCGAAUAAUAGGACUGGACAUUCUUUAGGAUAAUUGUUGUAUUUAUUUAUCGCAUAUUUCUUGUCGGUGCUCUUUGUGUGUGUACAUAGCAAACACGUUUAUCGAUGUUAUUCGUUUGCAUUCGCAAGUGCACACGGAAAAGUCAACAGAGGUCGAUCAGUGUUUUACUUUGAUCUUUCUACCGAAUGGCAGAUGUAUAAAUCGCGGCUCUAUUCCGAUACGACCAGCCCUAGUUUGCUAAAUUAAAAGUUCACCACUCUUCUCGAAAUUGCAACAGAUAAUCUUCGAAUUAUAUGUACAAAUAAUCCUGGACGUGAACUUUCAUUACGCGUAGAAAGUUUCAAAUAAUUACGAAAGUGCAAAAUAUUUUACAAUUAUAAUUGAGUUCAAAUGAAACAAGUUUGUAUGAAACAAGAAACACUGACAUUCGUGCGAAAGAUUAGAGUCGAAGCUUAUUGGUCCCCUGCGAUUCGAUGGAAAUAAAGGAUAAGAAAGAAAAAAUCAAAAGCAGAGAGUGUGAGAGUGAGAGAAUGAGAGCCAGCUAGACGUCUGACAUAUCAAAAGACAGGAUUCUUCUUGACGAGAAACCACACAGCAAUACCUUUCCGCUCAAUAUGGAUAAUAAAGGAGGAGAAACAUAACGAUGUUUUGAGAAUGUUUUAAUGUUAAAGAAUUCGACACCAUUUACAGAGACGGUAGACGAAUGUAUGUAGAUAUUUCGGCGAAAUUUUAACGAUUUUUUCGUCACGUACAAUAGCGUGUAAAAUUGUUUGUAGACACAAAAAUCAGUCUCAAAAGACCUGCUUCGUACAAUAAGCGAAUUGCCCAACUUCGUAUCGCGUGCCGAUUCUAAAGUUUCUAAAUGUCACAUCGUUCAAAUUACGUCAUUCGAUUGGACGCGGUGUCUUCGUGCAAAUCAUGGAAAGCGGUUUGCCAGAGAUUGUUUCAAGCAUUGAACGAUAGAAUUGAACAGAGAGUGAAAUUGCUAAAGUAAUCAGCUGAUAAAACACAUUGAAUCGUGAGUAGUUAUCAAUGUUAUUAUUGCUUGACGAUUUUCGUGAUUGUGACUCCUUUACAAAAGUGAAAAUAACGUAAGAGAAAUGAAACGUCGCCCUAUCGUCCUUUUAUACCAUAUAGGAGCAGGUGUACGCGAAAGAAAUAUUUCGAAAACGCGCCAGCUGAAAGAUCGAGUCGAAGCGGCCGUGGUUGAAACUUCGAUUACAGAAUGAAAUAGAAAUCGGCAGAGGAAGCGAAAAUUUACCUAAGUAUCGAUACACGAAUAUGUUAGAUAUAUAUAGACGAGUAAAUGUUUAUAUGCCUCGUUAACGAAAACAUCAAAGACAAUUUGAGAGGAGAGAAAGAGCAAAGCGCCCGGUGUUCGGAGCACGAGAGGCAGAGGUUCGUUUGUAAAGGUUAAAAAGACAUUGGAUAGACAUUGCGAGAUAUUAAAUAUGAGAGAGGAAUGGAGUAACGAAAAAUUCCAUCUGCUCCGCGCCUGACAAAACGGUAUGUCGAAAAAAAAAAAAAACAGUUCGUAAAAGAGCUAGGAUACGUACAACAGUACAAGAUAGACAAAAUAAAAAGUGAAAUGUUUGUAAGAUAUCGGCUAAGCCCUGAGGAGUUUCACUUUAAAAUAGUAGUACGAUGAGGACAAUGUAAAUGUAUGAAAGAUCUAUUAAUUACCUGAUCCUAGCCCUUUCCUAAUCCUUUCAAAGAUACUUCCUUCCCCUCCUCCUUUCGCAGAAUCCUUCCUCGGCAUCCUUUUCCUCUCUCUCUACGACGAGUGUAAAAAAAAUAUCAUGUAAAAUUAACACACCGAUUAAUAUAAAUAUAAAUAUAAAUAUUAUAAAUAAAUGAAUAAAUAUAAAUAUAUAUAUAAAUAAAUAAAUAUAUAUAAAUAUAUGUAUGUAUACAUGUGUGUAUGCGUGUAUCUAUAUAUGUAUACAUAUCUACACGUAUGUAUACACAUAUAUAUACAUUCUAACAAAUGAUUGAUUGUGAGUCAUUUAAAUAAUUGUUAUAUGUAUUUUCUAUAUAUUAUGACAACUAAUACAAUGAUAUAUAUUGAGAUGACAUUACGGUACUAUUAACUAAGUGUAGUUAAACAAAAAUUAGGCGGGCGGAUGUUCGCGUUACAAGAAAGAGAUAGGAAAAGGUUGGAUUACUCUAGUCCAAUAUUUCUAUAAAUCUCGCUAAAUGAAAACAAAAGAAACAAACAAACAAAAAAAACAGAAAAAAUGGCGGAGAAGGCGGGCCAGCGUACUCGCGACGCGAAAUAUUUAAAAAACAGACAAAAACUAGAAAAAAAAAAGAAAACGAUAGGAACGAGACACUCGAAGCGAUUUCCUUCUAUCACGGUUGCUGAAAGAAGUGUAUCUUUUCAUCUGGAGAAUCACUAGAUACGAAUGAGAAAUAAGCGAGAGGAAACGCGAUAAUAAGAAAACGAUACGUCGUGGUGCCGUUUCGAGUGUGUUCGUUACGUAUUGCAAAAAAAAAAGAUGAAAAAGAAAAAAAAAUAACACUGAGUGAAGAAAUCAAUGUGGAAUUUGCAACAAAAAAAAUGUAUUUUCUCACUCCCACUGCGAGGUGUAUGUUCAUCGCUACAUCUUAUUUGGAACGAAAACCUAAAUAUUAUAUUAUUAUAUAAAAUUACUAUAUAAUUGUAACGAAAAUUGUUUUUCAAACGAUGUGGUAUUUUUAUUGUAGAUAUUAUUAUAUAACAAAUAAAAUCAUGAUUCAUUGUA